AUGGCUAUAUGCUCACCCAGAUUUAUCCACUAUGUUGCCGUUCUAUGGUGUUUCGGUUAUCUGGGUUUUUUUCGUACCUGUCAUCAUUUUGGAUUUGCUCCCAAUCCUCCCGUGGCCAAUGCAGUGCAACUGCUUAUCACGCUUCGACUCAUCGGGGUUGCAUUUGAAAUUGUGGACUCUUGGAGUGUCGAUCAAAAGUUAUCAGAAAAUGACAGCAAACAAAUCAACUCAGCAGAACGAGAGCGUUUACAGUUAGUGAAAGAGAUGAAAAAUGUUAAUGUUUCACCGUUGGGCCUGAUUUGUUACGCUUACUGCUACAUUGGUCUUUUUACUGGACCAUAUUUCAAAUAUCGAACUUUCCAGGAUUUCGUAGACUGGCCUGAUACGGCUCCACCCAUACCGGCGGACCAAUUACUGCAACAGUUGCAAGAAGCUCCCUUUUUUGGAGUGUCCUAUCUGAUCCUAUCACACUUUUACACUAUCGAGGUAAGUUUUCCUCGUUCUUCGCCUUUUAUUCAGUGUUCUGCCCGUCUUAGAGUAGAAACAUACACAUCUCAGGUCAAAUUUAUCGCAUACUGCAUGGGUGGAUUCGAUCACAGUUUACUGGAUUCCUCUGAUUUCAAGCAGAUAGACAAUGUUAGGAUGUUUUAUCUGAACUUAUGUCUGGAUGCUCAAGGAGUAUUUUGUAUGAGAACACCUGCACUGGCAGCCAGCUGCCUUCCUGGGGCAUCCUCUAUCUCUUUGAUCUCUAUCGCUUACCCAACUCCCCUUCUGAUGCCUACUCAAAUCUGA